UCUGGUUUCUUCUAAAACAACUCUAAAAACCUUCUCCUUCCUCGUAUCAUCUUCAACCUAAAGCUCAGCCUAAAACCUUAGCCAUAGUAUUCUUCACUCACUCUUUUAUGCGGUGAAUUCUGGGUUUCUCUUUGUUUUUCAGAUUCUCAAUCCAAAGAAAAACCUUUGUUAGCUCUCUGUUCAUCGUCCGUAUAAUUGUUGUUACCUUUAUUACGUACGUCUGCAAAAAUGGCGUCUUCCACCGCUCAAAUCCACGUCCUUGGAGGCAUGGGUUUCGCUUCUUCUAGAAAAAACAAUCACCAUUCCUCCAGACCGGUUUUCUUCGGGCAAAGACUGCGCAAUUCGUCGUCGUUAAACGCCACCUUCUUACGACUCGCUAAAGUCAGCAACGGUAAACAGUACAAUAUUGGGCCAGUGAGAGUUGUAAAUGAGAAAGUGGUGGGAAUCGAUCUCGGGACUACUAACUCCGCCGUGGCGGCCAUGGAAGGAGGGAAGCCGACAAUAGUUACGAAUGCGGAAGGACAGAGAACGACGCCGUCCGUGGUGGCGUAUACAAAGAGUGGAGAUAGGUUGGUCGGGCAGAUUGCGAAACGACAAGCCGUUGUGAACCCUGAAAAUACGUUCUUCUCGGUGAAGAGGUUCAUCGGAAGGAAGAUGGCGGAAGUGGACGAGGAAGCCAAACAGGUUUCUUACAAAGUUAUCAGAGAUGUGAAUGGAAAUGUUAAGCUUGAGUGUCCUGCCAUUGGUAAACAAUUCGCCGCUGAGGAGAUUUCAGCUCAGGUUUUGAGAAAGCUUGUUGAUGAUGCAUCGAAGUUUUUGAACGAUAAUGUUACCAAAGCUGUUGUUACUGUCCCUGCUUACUUCAAUGAUUCCCAAAGGACAGCUACAAAGGAUGCUGGUCGAAUCGCAGGGCUAGAAGUUCUCCGGAUUAUCAAUGAACCUACCGCUGCCUCUUUGGCAUAUGGGUUUGAGAAGAAGAACAAUGAAACCAUACUUGUUUUCGAUCUUGGAGGUGGUACUUUCGACGUUUCGGUGCUUGAGGUUGGUGAUGGAGUGUUUGAAGUGCUCUCUACCUCUGGAGACACACAUUUGGGUGGCGACGACUUUGAUAAGAGAAUUGUUGAUUGGCUUGCUGAAAACUUUAGGAGAGACGAAGGCAUAGAUCUUUUGAAAGACAAACAAGCUCUUCAGCGGUUAACCGAGUCAGCCGAGAAAGCUAAAAUGGAGUUAUCAACUUUGACUCAGACAAACAUAAGUUUACCUUUCAUUACGGCCACUGCAGAUGGGCCGAAACACAUCGAGACCACACUUACCAGGGUUAAGUUUGAGGAAUUGUGCUCAGACCUACUUGACAGGCUCAAGAAACCAGUGGAGAAUGCCCUGGGGGAUGCAAAACUUACCAUUAAAGACAUAGAUGAGGUUAUCCUUGUUGGUGGGUCAACACGUAUCCCGGCUGUUCAGGAACUUGUAAAGAAGAUGACCGGCAAGGAACCUAAUGUGACGGUCAAUCCGGAUGAAGUCGUCGCUUUGGGGGCUGCAGUUCAGGCCGGUGUUUUAGCCGGAGAUGUCAGUGAUAUUGUGCUUUUGGAUGUAACGCCAUUGUCACUUGGUCUAGAGACACUUGGUGGUGUUAUGACCAAGAUUAUCCCAAGAAAUACCACACUGCCGACCUCCAAAUCAGAAGUGUUUUCGACCGCUGCUGAUGGUCAGACGAGUGUUGAGAUUAAUGUACUUCAAGGUGAAAGAGAGUUUGUUAGGGAUAACAAAUCACUCGGCAGCUUCCGACUUGAUGGGAUCCCACCGGCACCACGUGGAGUUCCGCAGAUUGAAGUCAAAUUUGACAUUGAUGCCAAUGGUAUCCUCUCUGUUACUGCUGUCGAUAAGGGAACCGGGAAGAAGCAGGACAUCACUAUUACUGGUGCCAGUACCUUGCCCAGUGAUGAGGUUGAUAGAAUGGUAAAGGAAGCUGAGAAGUUUGCAAAGGAGGAUAAGGAGAAAAGAGAUGCUAUAGACACAAAGAACCAGGCAGAUUCUGUUGUAUAUCAGACAGAGAAGCAGCUGAAAGAACUUGGGGACAAGGUUCCUGCAGCAGUCAAAGAGAAGGUAGAGGUGAAACUGCAAGAGCUCAAGGAUGCGAUUUCUGGAGGCUCGACACAAGGCAUGAAGGAUGCCAUUGCUGCCCUCAACCAAGAAGUAAUGCAGCUUGGCCAGUCGGUCUACAACCAACCCGGCGCUGCCACAGGCCCUGCACCGGGUGGUGAAACUGGACCUUCAGAUUCAUCUAGUAAGGGGUCUGAUGGGGAUGUAAUUGAUGCAGAUUUCUCUGACAGCCAAUGAAAACAGUCAUUGACCAUGUGAGGGUUGGGGUUGAAUUUCCUAUCAUUUUAGUUCCAUGGUAGUGAAUGAAAAGCUGAAAACUAAUGAUUUUAGAAUCAUAGAAGUCUGAAGUACCAUAUAUAGAAGAAUGUGCAAAGUGUAAAUAUCUCUGGGUGAUCAGCCGUGUAUAUUUUAACAAAUGAAUGUUAAUGGAUCCUGUAUUGAUCACUGUUUUUUUCUAUAUAUUUAACAAAAGCAGGUUCGAUUGAUU